CGCCUGGCAACUGGAACACAGGGGUCCCCCAGAUUCCAUGACACGUCCCACCUUCCAAUUCAGUUACUUCAGGUCCAGACCCAUACUGGAGCUCAGGUCCCCUGUCCCUCGUCCCUGUAGCCCUUGUCUAGAGACCGAGGUCCCCUGUUCCUCAUCCCUGCUGACCCUUAGCUGUACACGGGCUCUGCUGUGACCUUGAGACCAGAAAAUUGACCCUGGUAUUGAGGACACUGAUAUCAGUUUCUGGGGAGUCAUCCUGUUGUCACCAACUGUUUCUCCUCCAUUCCUGCUGAUCCUCUGCAGUCACCAUGGCAAAGUGGUUCCUGCCACUGUACGGGCCUCUGGAGGACAAGUUCCUGCUAGAGGAGGACCAGGAGCUGCAGACCCAGAUGGCCCUGUGCAAGAGGGACUUCCGGGUCCUCAAUGACAGGGUCCUGGGGACUGUAGCCACUGCUGGCUAUCUGGACCACGUCUUGUGGAGCUAUGAACAUCAGAAUGACCAGGAAGCAGUGAGAGAACAAGAGCCAGUGGCCCCCAGGGUGCAGAUAAUCAUCUGCAAGGAAACCAUAAUAUCUUUCAUUCCAGACUUGUCAGCUAAAGAAAUCACUGACCAGGAGGACAAAGAACUUGAGAUGAUAACUACAAGGCUCGUCCUCCUACUCCCAGAACUGGCAGAUCCUCAUGCCCCCUGGCUUUUGCCAAAUGGACGCUGCUUGACUUUUGCCUCCUUGCCUGAUGUGUCUGACAACUACUGGCCCCACAGGAGCUCUGCCUUCCAGGCCUGGGAGGAAGAGGGAAUCUCUCCUGCUCAGCCUGGAGCUGAAAACCAUCCUGAUUCAGAGGAGCACAAAAACUCGAGCCAUCUGUCUCUCAGCAACAUCAGCAGGGAGUCACUUGAGGGAGAAGAGGAUGAGUACUCCCUGGAUGAACGCUACCUGACUCCUUCCUUUGACUAUGAUGUGUCAGAGUGCUGCAGACCUUGCAGCCAUGAUGAGCAGGAGGGCUCUACUCAGGAUGGAGCAGAACUGGACUCUGAGCCUUUCAUUGGAUGGAAGAACCCUUCCAAGCCAGAGGGUGAUGCUUUUGAGAACCUGGAAAGCAGCAAGGCAGAGGGUCUAGUCAGUCAUCUACCUCUGGCCUCAGAUGCACCUCAGCGGAGGGUGCUCAAAGUGUCCACCGUGGCUGUCGCUCCUGGGAACUAA